CUCGCUGCCUGGCAGUGCUGCCCGCCUGGGCAGCCCAUCCCGCCGCCCCGACAGGCAGCGGCAGCAGGGACAAAGCCGGCGGAGAGGGGCAUCGCCGGACAGCCGGGUCCGGGGGGGGCUGCUAACCACUGCAGGGCUGGAGGCGGAGAGCCGCCCCUCCCGCCCUGCCCGCCCGGCCCGGCCCAGCCCAGCCCAGCGGAGGGAUGGGGAGGAGACCCCGGCUGGGGACCCGCGGGGUCAGCGCCCAGCCCGGGGCCCGGCGCUGAGGACCGGCCGGCUGCCUCCCAGCCGCUCCCCGCCCGGCCGGGGCGCCGGGCGCCGUCCCCCAACCUCCGCCGCGGGCAUCGCCCCUUUGUCUGCGGAGGAGGGAGAGGCGGAGGGCGCUGCGGCGGAGGCACGGCCGGGCGCUGGGCGCAGAGCGGCGGCGAGGCACGGCCGCUGCUGGCGGGGCGAGGAGACGCCGCAGCCUGCCAGAACAGCAGGAUGGCAGAGAAGGGUAUGGAUCCUGCGUGUGUCUCCAUUGCCCUGGAGGACACGGUGUGCCACGCCAGCCCCCCCGAUGCCCCCCUGCUCACCACCCAUUUGAAGAAGGUGGAGAACCACAUCACAGAGGCCCAGAGGUUUUCCCACCUCCCGAAGCGCUCGGCUGUCAACAUUGAGUUCAUUGACCUGUCCUACUCUGUGCGUGAAGGCUCCUGGUGGAGGAAGAGAGGGUACAAGACUCUCCUCAAAUGCCUGUCAGGGAGGUUCUGCCAGCGGGAGCUCAUUGGGAUCAUGGGGCCAUCAGGUGCUGGGAAGUCCACACUCAUGAACAUCCUGGCUGGCUACAGGGAGACUGGCAUGAAGGGCCAGAUUCUGGUGAAUGGCCGGCCGCGGGACCUGCGUACCUUCCGCAAGAUGUCCUGCUACAUCAUGCAAGACGACAUGCUCCUGCCACACCUCACCGUGCUGGAGGCUAUGAUGGUCUCUGCUAAUCUGAAGCUGAGCGAGAAGCAGGAGGUGAAGAAGGAGCUGGUGAACGAGAUCCUGACGGCCCUGGGGCUGCUGGAGUGCUCCUUCACCCGCACCAUCUCGUUGUCGGGGGGCCAACGCAAGCGCCUGGCCAUCGCCCUGGAGCUGGUGAACAACCCUCCGGUCAUGUUCUUCGACGAGCCCACGAGCGGUCUGGACAGCGCCUCGUGCUUCCAGGUGGUUUCCCUGAUGCGGUCUCUGGCUCAGGGUGGGCGCACCAUCAUCUGCACCAUCCACCAGCCCAGCGCCAAGCUCUUUGAGAUGUUCGACAAGCUGUACAUCCUGAGCCAGGGCCAGUGCAUCUUCAAAGGCAUUGUGACCAACCUCAUCCCCUACCUGAAGGGUCUCGGCCUCCACUGCCCCACAUACCACAACCCCGCUGACUUCAUUAUCGAGGUGGCCUCAGGAGAGUAUGGAGACCUCAACCCUGUCCUGUUCCGCGCCGUCCAGAACGGCAUGUGCACCAUGGCCGAGAAGAAGAGCAGCCCCGACAAGACAGAUCCGUCGUGCCCGGCACACUGUGUGACGGACGUGGACCACAUCGAGAGCCACACGUUUGCCACCAGCACUUCAACUCAGUUCUGCAUCCUCUUCAAGAGAACCUUUAUCUGCAUCCUAAGGGACACGGUGCUGACCCACCUGCGGUUCAUGUCCCACAUCUGCAUCGGGGUGCUGAUCGGGCUGCUCUACCUGCACAUUGGCAACGACGCGGGGAAAGUCUUCAACAACACUGGCUUUCUCUUCUUCUCCAUGCUCUUCCUCAUGUUUGCUGCACUGAUGCCCACCAUCCUCACCUUCCCCCAGGAGAUGUCUGUAUUUCUGCGAGAGCACUUGAACUACUGGUACAGCCUGAAAGCCUACUAUCUGGCAAAGACCAUGGCAGACGUGCCCUUCCAGGUCAUCUGCCCCAUCGCGUACUGCAGCAUCGUGUACUGGAUGACAGGCCAGCCGCCCGAAGCCACACGCUUCCUCCUCUUCUCUGCCCUGGCCACUGCCACGGCCCUGGUGGCCCAGUCCCUUGGGCUUCUCAUCGGAGCUGCUUCCACGUCCCUACAGGUGGCCACCUUUGUGGGCCCUGUCACUGCCAUCCCCGUCCUGCUCUUCUCUGGCUUCUUCGUCAGCUUCAAGACCAUCCCCACCUACCUGCAGUGGAGCUCCUACGUCUCCUAUGUCAGGUAUGGCUUCGAGGGCGUCAUUCUCACCAUCUAUGCCAUGGAGCGUGAGGACCUGGAGUGCCUCGAGGACUUCUGCCCUUUCCAAAAGCCCAUCAAGAUCCUGCAGGAGCUGGACGUGGAGGAGGCCAAGCUCUACCUGGACUUCCUCAUCCUGGGCAUCUUCUUCAUCAUCCUGCGGCUCCUGGCUUACCUGGUCCUCAGGUAUAAAGUCAAGUCAGAGAGAUAAAGGGGCCCUGGGGCGCCAGUGCCGUUCCCAGGCCUGGCCUGCUGUGAGAGACGUUCUGCAGAUGGAUACAGUGCUUCUGGCAGGUCACGGACCACGGCAGAGGUGUCUGUAGGUGCCAGCCAGACCUAGCUCAGUCGAGAAGGGUUUUGACACAUCUCGGAACUGUUUUAACCUUUCCACGCACUCUUCAUUGCAAAAGUUUUGUACAGCCUGGCAUGUGCCACCCUCUCCCCCAGGACUGCCGAACCCCACGGAGCUUGGGUCCCCUCUCGUUGCCUCUGCCCAGCACCUGCCCUUCUCUGCCAAACACGUUGGGGCACCAGGGACGGUCCUGCGGAGGUGGCUGUCUGCCGAGCGAGGCCGAGAGGAGCCAGCUGCUCCAGGCAGGAGGGGAGCAGCGCCCUGGGGCUGCCCGAGCCUGGGGCUGAAGCCGAGAGGAGACGCCUGCAGAGCAAGGAUGGAUAGUGCAGCACCGAGCCCCGUUGCUCGGCCUGGCCAGCAGCGUGUGUGUCAGCGAUAAGAAGAGCCCGAAGGUGCAAUAGGCCAAGUUGCACAAGGCUUUAGUGUUUCCUGUCAUUGUAGCCACAGAAAUUGCUGCAUCCCCUUUUUCUUUCUGCGUAAAUCCCCCUCUUUUUUGUUUCUUUUCUUUCUUUUUUUAUAAACCCCGCUGCUUCCCAGUCUGCAUGGAGGGGAACGGGACCCAGCAGGCAGAGAAGGACUUAGAGCUCUGUCUCAGACUUUUGCUCAAAUGCCAUCCUCAGAGUAGGGAUCUUCAAACCUGGGGAUGUGGCAGGGUCUGUGGGAAUGGGACCAUAUUCUUAGACCUUAGGGAGUUCAGUCUCUGUCGUCUCUGGGGUCUGAGCCAAGAGGAGAAAAUCGACCAACAUGGAGAGAAGUGACUGGUCCCUUCAAGUGCUGCAUGGAGUGAGGAGGAUUUAGGUUCCCGCACCCUACCGGUGCCAGGUGGCUGAAAAGCAGGGCUGGGCUCAGCCGUGCCAUCACUGGAGCUUCUAUUGCAGGAGAAGAGUUGGGCCCGAGCCCUUCCCUUACAGUGUCUCGCUCCUCGCUUCUCUUCCCCCGGCACAACUUUGGCUGUCUCGGCAGAACAGGGAGGAUGAGCCGUGCUCAGCACCGUCUGCAAGGAGGGGAUGUCAGCCCCAGGGACGCCCAGUCUCUUCACAGUGCAAACCUCCCGGGGCAGCAGUGUGCGUAAGGAGGUCCCAGCAAUGCCAGAACUGGAAAGCAGGUGAGAUCUUGGAGUGGUUUGUUUGCACUGGGCGACCCUGAUGCUGGGAAGGGCUUUGCACUUUGUGACUGGUAUCAGGAAAAGGUCCCUUUUGGCAAGUGUCUCCAGUGGCUCCUCCAAAAUCACCUGCCUCUCCACGCCCCUUGCAGAGGGAAGGCAUUUCAGCACCUCACUGGCUCUUCAAAGGAGCAGACUGCAGACCAGAGCUGGUGGGGCAUCUGCACACCCUGCUGUGCUGGGAGCACAGCGCUGCUUGGCCAUAUAGCACAGGCCUGUCUCUGGGUGUGCUGGCACCGGUGUCGUGGGGCUGCGCUGGUCACCCAUGUGCACGGGAACCCGCUGCUUUUUAGUGAGCACGGACACGAGGAGGGCAGCUCUGCCCCAUCCUGCCAUGCUGGGCCCUGGUUCAAGUGCGGUCUGUGAUACGCUGCUGCCAGCACGCUCCGAGUAGCAGGGGAUUGCAGGGCAAAUGCCAGAUUUCAGCAAAAUCCUUGAGACUAUUCUUUGCUUUUACCGGCUCAUGUUGGGACUGCUGCACACAGCAGGGUCGGACUGGCCUGCAGGUGGAUGGCAGAAGCGUGGCAGCGCUGAUGCUGGGCGCUCAGCAAGGUCGGGUUUCCUCUGCCUGGACAGCAUCACUGCAAGGAGCUUGUAGCCACGGGGCUCUCCUGCACAGAGGGUCUGGAAGCAGGACAUGCCCUGAUGCCCUUUCUAUGCUGAGCAUUGGGGUAUUCCCCAGGGGCUCUUGUCUGACUUACUGCUGUCCCUCACAAAAUUCCCCUCUGCGCCUGGAUCCUCCUUCACUGCUAGCCCUGUGCCGUGCUCUGCAAUGGAGCCGUGCCAGCUUGGGGGGCCGCGGUCUCCUGGGCAUGAUUCUGCCAGCUACGUCUGCAGGGGCGCGGUCAAAUGGGGAACGGUGCCCACAUCUGCUCCGUCACCAGGUGGGCGGAUGAGCAGGAAGCCAGGAGGGCGGUGGAGCUUGCAGGCUGUCACCCUUCUCCAUCUCACUCUCCGUGGGGCUGAUGGGACCGGUGACCCACUUCUGUCCUGCUCUUGGGCUGCGGCUAGUUAAGCCUUGCCCAGCACAGGGAGCGCGCCGCCGGGCUGCGGGUUUUCCCCUGCGUGGACACCAAGUCAGCAGGAGGUGCCAACGGGGCAGCUUUGCGCAGCUCCUGCCUCCUGCCCACUCCCUGGCAGCGGGGACUCUCAUGGUGGGUCCUGCUUCCUGCACAUUGGAGGCACUGCUGUCCCCACCGCUGCGUCCUGCUGCUCUCUGCACCCAGCACGUGGUACCUCCUAGGACACCUCUGUGUCAUCGCAGCCAGUGCCGCCACCACUCCUAGAAGGACCAGGACGAGAUGGGCUAGCGAUGGCCCACGUGUGGAGCAUAGGAGGCUACCAGCAGGCACCCGUGACUGCCACUGCCCGUGUCCCCCACACACCGGGAUGCUACAACAGAAGCAUCUGGUCAUCCUCUGCUGCUUGCAGAGAAACCCCGUGGGACAGGCUGUGAGCUCAGCGUGGCCGCGGGGAGGCUGCUGGAGCGGGUAGCUCCACAGGUGGCUGCUCGUACCAGCCUGUCCGCGACAGGGCGGUUAGCAGCACCCCCAGGAUCUCCAGGAGAGUUCAGCACACCUCGGGCCUCCUGCACCGGUGAGUGCGCAGCUCGCAAAGUCCCGGCUAACCAGGUGCGCGGUCACUGUGGGGCAGGGUGAGCUCUGGAGAUGGAGGAUGGCUGUGUCCUUGAGCUGGGCAAGGACACUGGGGAGCGGGGGUUACGAGGCAGGCGCCCCUCAUCCCCAGGGCCAAGGCAGCAGGUCUAAGGUGCCCUGGAGGAGGGCACCAGCACACCCAAGGGAGCCGGCAAGUGUGUGUGUUGGUACGAAGGGGCUGCAGCGAACGAGGGAUCUGAGCACCCUGUGGCACAGAGAGCCUGGAUCUAGGAGACUCUGCCCCAGGCAAAAGCACCCUCGGUGGUGCCCAAGGGCAAACAGGGCCCAAGGAGUGAACUGAGCCAAGGUGCCAGAAUGGGGCCAUCCCUUGCCCCUUCCCUCUCAGUGAGGACAAUCCCAGACACGGUGGAAGGCACAGGGAAAUGCAAAGGGACCGAGCAUGUUUGCGCUCAGCACUCAGGGUUUAUUGCCCCUCCGCUGCCCGGGUGUCCGCCGGCCCCACAGGAGCAGAGCAAGAGGGGGUGUCUCUGCCCUGGAACAGCAGAGGGAUGGGGUGCAGCCACCCUGCUCUGGGGGGCCCUUAGCGGAGAAAGACCGGGCUGCUCCAGCCCGCGGGCUAGCGGGCAUCUCUGCGGGACGGUCUCUUCAGGGCAAGAUAGGCACUGAGCCAGGCUGUGCCAGGACACCUCGGCAAUAACACUGGUUGUUUUGUGGUGUGGGGUCAGGGGUGCCCAGGCUGGGUCUUGCCUUGUCCUGAGCGGAUGGGGAGCACCCAUGUGCUGGGCUGGCAUGCAGCAGCGAGGAUGCACUUUAUCAGAGCAGGGGAUGGGGCCGUGGGUGCUUCUGGCUACAGGAAUCCCACCAGGGAAUGCGUCUGGAUAAUCAUGAGGAGUGUGAUGGAGGAGAGCGGGCUUCUUCCCCCACACCUCCUCUCCCCUUGUGCCCCUGCCUUUCCCUGCAAUGCACUUUGAAUGCAUGAGGAUGUGGUUCAGGCCGUGGCUCCAGCUCCCUGGGAGCACUGGUUGAACCUCAACCCAUCUAAAACUGCUUCAGCCCCUUAGCCUGGCUCCUUCAGCGCACGGGCAUGGUUGUAUCAGGUACUGCCUCUCCCCGUGCGUGCUGUGAACGCAGGCAGGCAAGCAGGGCUAUGGCCACUCACCUCCACGCAUGUCCAGGCCACCUUUGUCACACGCACAAGAAGAGCAAAUGCAUCGUCGCCUGGCUUGUGCUAGGAUUUGCUGGAGGGGAAACUGGGCUAGCACAGGGAGAGGAUGGGGCUUCUCCCAGGGUUUCACCCCUCUCUCAAAUCAGGCAAUAAAACAGUGUUUCAUUCUCACUGUGUGUGGACACCAUUUGUCCCGUCCCUCUGCCAUGGGAGCUCCUGGUGCCAUGGGCAGCCUGCAGCUGCCUGGGAUCUCUUUGUGCAUCCCUGCCACGCUGGUCCCUGUGGUUUUCCAGCCUUCACCUCGUCCACGUGUGCAGAAGAGGUUGUACAGCGGGAUCCACGUGUGAUGCAGGGCAGGGGUGGACCGUGCAGAGAAGUGCAGCUGUUGAAACCCAUGCUCCCGCAUGACUGGAGGUGAGCUGCUUUUUUCCUGGGACCGUUCGCCAAAAUAAGAUGCAGAUAACAGCUCAAAGGCCAAGGGAGUCUGCUCGCACAGCCGUAGCUCUGCUGUGGAAGUUGCACGUGGGUGGCAUUUGCCCAGGUCCUUCCGCCUUGCUGGGGGGAAGCUGCGAAGCAGGGCCGGGGCACCGUUGCCCACAGCUGCAGCCUGGCAGGAACCAGGCAGGGCAGAGGUGAGCCCCUGGGCUCUGGGGGGAGCAGGGGGCUGCUGGCGGGGCCCUGCUGUCUCUCUGGGCUGUGCCAUGCAUACAGGUAAGUUCCCCACAGGGACAGGGUGCCCAGGUCCCUGCUUGGUGCUCACUGGUGUCUGGAGGGCCUCGGGAACCGUUGAGCGGGCGGAGAUGUUGCGGCUUAUUUCAGUCUUUCUGAGAUGCCAGCUGUACUUGUUGGAUUUCACACAUCAAUAAAACUUAUAUUUAUAGUG